GUUUCUUUAGCCACUAUCCGACUUUCUCAGAAAAAUUACAAAAUAUUGAUUUUUUUUAGGAGUCCUCAGAUUAUCUUUGUAUAGACUCAGGAUACUCGAUUCUUAAUAUUUCAAGUAAGUUAUCAACAAUAGCUAGCCUAUGUUACUAUUGAAAUGAAAAAAUCUACAACAUGUAGCGGAGUCAAAAUCAUGUCGGGUUCCUGAUAUAAAAACGACAUGUGUAAUAACUGGUUAUAUUUAUGAAAAUAAAUUGAGAACUUGUUCGAAUACUACAAAUACCUGCACACAGAUGCAACUUUCGAUUAAAGCAAACUGACAUAAACGGACAAUAAUGGGAGGUGACUCAGGCGGUGGCACCCACAGAGGCCGUCGACAAGGCUCCAGAUUCGGACAAGUUCCGACAUCUUGGAGACACGUUACGGUCGAAAAUGACACUCAUAAAAAUUUGUGUGGCACUCUGGGCAGUGGCAAACAAAUAUUUAGUUAUUAUAGUGGAUUGCUCGGUGCUCUACAGUGGUGCUUAUGCGGUACCCUCGUGUUGCUGUGCGCAACCCUCGUUAGCGGGACUACAGACACCGCUUCAGUCAAUCAAAUUUUUCCCAUCUCGGAGCUCUGUCGUGGAUCGCGUCAUCAGACCCGCGUGAUCGUUGGCUCCCUCAUCACUUCGAACGCUGAAAGAGAACUCGACUGCGAAGUCACCUUCCAGACCGACACCAUAUUGCAGAAGUUCAUGCUGCGCUUCGAAAAAAUCGAACUUGACUGCAAUGAUCAUCUUUGGAUCUACGACAGCGCCUACUCGACAGGCACUCCUCUAAAGGACUUGUCAUGUCGGGAUACUCUUCAGAACGUAGCCACGAUCUACACACACAGUAACCACGUCACGCUGAAGUACAAGACAGAUGAAUGGGGUCCGCUCAGCAACGGCUUCAGGCUCAUCAUCACGGCAUUCAAGCAUAAGAAAGACGCCUGUCGAGACUUCCGUUGCGAGACCACCGAGUUCUGCGUGUCGCGCUCGCUGACCUGCGACAGCGUCAAUCAUUGCGGUGAUGCCAGCGACGAGUCUAACAGCUACGCGUCAUGUCCAAGUCCUCCGUUGGGGGAGCUGUUAUCGCUGUCCGAGGGCGCGAUAACAGCCCGUGUUAAUCCAUCUUUUCGGCAGGUCCUCCGUUGGGGGAGCUGUUAUCGCUGUCCGAGGGCGCGAUAUGGGCUGUGAGCGGCGUACUAAGCCUGCUGGUGCUGGUGGUGGGAGUCUUGCUCGGCACAGUCGUGUGUAUGAAGCGACGACGACGCAUGGCGAUCCUGAUGCAACAGCGAGCUUUGCGCAGCCAGCAACAGGCACAGUAUCAACUGGGUCAGACGGAGGAACAAUACGGCACCAAUGGCACAUACGGUACAGUGCUUGUGGAGAAGCCUCCUCCGUAUCCCGGGCUACCUCACCACACUAAUUUAGGAAAUCAAGAUUCGUCUCCGGGAAACCCGAGGCGCCCUGCAUUGUCGGGUCUGGUGUGUCGGCGACAGUCAUGUCGGGAGGUCGUGGUGGUCGGCCUCCUUCUUCUGCGUGCGCUACUCUAAACAGAGGCAGCAACGCGGCAAGCGGCGCAGAGCUACAGCAAAAGGAAGAGUGGUUCGUGUAGAUCUACCCGUUCCGGACGCCCAGUGAGCCAUCUGUCACCCAGACCUUCAAUGCAGGGCAAACAUAGCUUAUCUUCCCCUGGGCCAAGACCUGUUAGAAGAAUCCCCUCUAGCGUUGAUAUUCCACUAGAAAAACCUAGGUAUAUUAAACCUCUAGAUUACUGACUUCAAACCAUUAAUUCCUCAACCCUUGUUAGUAGGAAAUAUGAGCCCAAAAAUCUCUGCAUAUCAAUCCCUCCCCAAAAAUAUUACUCGAUUGAAAAUUGUUUGUUUUUUAUUCGUCUUUAAGCAAGAAAUGUUCAAUAAAUUGGAUAAAUUAAUUCAAAUUUUCGUUGUAAAUAGUUUGAAAAGUCGGUAUUUUCCCUAAUCUUCCGCCUUCAUUAAUUCCAACAAAAUUCUGAUAUUGUCAUUGGUAUAUUAAUAUGAAUCUUCUUCCAUUGUAAAAAUAGUUUUUACGAGCAAAGAAAUAGUUGAUGAUCGUGGCUCAGUGUGACCCUAGAAUGAAAACGAUAGUAAAUUGCAAUCGCGAGUUAGCAGCUAUUACAUGCGUAUCUUCAACUUUAAUUUGGAAGCGCAUAACCUUAUUCAGAAAAACUUGAAUGAUGGGAUUCAAUUGAAUUUUCAUCCUAUUAAAUUUGUUAAGUAGGGUACAAGUCCGAUGUCUAGUUACCUACUCGAUGCCUUGUAAUUAAAAAGACAUUAAGUAGGUUACAGUUACAAGACCGAUGUCUUGUAACCUACUUGAUGCCAUGUAACAUAAAAGACAUUCAGUAGGUUACAGUUACAAGACCGAUGUCUUGUAACCUACUUGAUGCCAUGUGACUUAAAAGACAUUCAGUAGUUUACAGUGAAAAGACCGAUGUCUAGUAACGUACUUGAUGCCAUGUAACUUGAAAGACAUUCAGUAGCUUACAGUUAAAAGACCGAUUUCAAGAACAAGACCGAUGUCUUGUAACGAACUUGGCAUCCAUUCCAGUAGAGUAAAUUUUAAGUCUAAGAAGACUAUUUAACUCCCAAAAAAUCAGCAGGAUAAUUAGUUUUGAACGUAGCAUGCACUACUGGCGCUUUUCAGGUACUUAUUCGAAUCAAAACUUCAACUUAUGCAAUUUCUAAUGGAAAUGCACACCUCUUAUCAAAAGAUAGGAGGUAUAAUCUUAUUUCCGAAAAAAGUAAGAGGAAUAAUCUUAUCAAUGCCCGAAUUUUAGAACUGAGUGCUGCAAGACUUGUAAAUAUUUGUAUGCUAUAUGUCUGUCAUUUGUAAAGAGGGGAAUUAAAUUAAUUGUAAAGAAAGAAAAAUGAGAUAUGACCUAGAUUAUGCUCAAAGAAAACUAAAUGAUACUUCGAGUCAUGGAGGUAAUAAGUAAUUUUUGAAAAUAUUCAUUGUUAUUUACUGGAAGCUUUUCUUAAAUUGAAUUAAUUUUACCACCACAACAUCAUUGUUGAAUGUUGAUGUGUUGUUGAUGAUGCAAACUCCUUUCCCCUUACACAAUGAUUGAGUUCGACAAACUAUUCGGUGGCUUUAAGUUCUACGAGUGGAUUAAAUAUGCAUGUAAAAUAACCGGUUCAUUAACGUAAAGAAUUGUUAGAGGAAUGUUGACCAAUAAAUUAAUGCUUCGUACGAUGUAAAAACAUAGAGAAAAGUACGUGGGUUGAAAAUUAGGUGGGCUCAAGGUUUAUUUAAAAAGAAACGAAUUGACACGAUAUUGACAGUACAAAAGGAAAUAUUGUGUUGGUGAUGAGGAAAGUUAUCAGGUGUAUUAUGCUUAAGUACCCGUUUGUAAUAUUGUAAAAUGUACUCGAUAUUGAAAAAUCAAUAUAUCAGAAAAAUCAUCAGAAACGAGAAGGACCCUUGAACAGUUCAAUAAUAUCCCUGCCUUUUAUUUCUAUAAAAAAUUUUUCAAAUACUGUUGUUAUAUGUAAAUCAAAAUAUAUGUUGUGGAUUCGAUGGCACAGAAUAAAAUUUCGCUGCUGUGUGUAGAAAACAAUUGAUUAUGUAUGAAUUGCACUUUAUUGAUACACAUGAUAUGCCGUGGUUAAAAAAACUGUUUUAUUGUAUUCAGUACAAAAUUAUUGUUUUUGAAUUAGCAGUUGGUUACUAUUGAGUGCCUACAUUAGUUUUGAGUACAGUUUAGUUUACGAGAACUAUAUUUACCGACUGAUGGAUAAAUGAAAAUCACUAGAAUGUUUUUCACUUGGAUCAACAGUAAGAACGUAAUGGUAGAAAAACUUUAAAUUCGAAAUCUAUUUGCUUCGAGAUCAAUUAUUUAAAAUCAAGAAAAUUAUAGCGUAUGGUUGAAACUUUGCUUUUUCAGCAAAUAAAUUAUUUGCAAUGGAAAAUUUUUGUGUGAUCGCUCCCAUGAUGAAAAAAUUAUUUUUAAAUGAAAAAGUUCCUUAACAAAAUCUGUCCGCACCGUAACUAAGUUCUUGUUAUGACGAUUUCAAUGGACGCUUAAAAUAAUUUAAGUUUGUUUUCAACAAUAUGAACUUAAUCUUGUUAUUCAUAUUAAGCUUGAAUAAAUUUACUUAUAUGAUGAAUACAAUUAUUGGAUUAGUUAACAAAUGCGAUUCGAAACUUAAUAGUCUGUUGAAAUUAUGCAGAAUCAUCAAAUGGAAAUUGAUAAAUCACAUAAUGAAAACUUUUAAAAUAAAUCUGGGUUCGAAAUAUUUCGGGACAUAAGAUUUCCAGCCCACUUAUCAUAAAAUGUAAUACCUUUUGAAUAUUGCAAAAUCUCUUCUAUAACAACUGGUUAGUGCGUUCGAAAGUAAUGAAUAAUACGUUUUACUUAUAGUUACUGGAAAUGUGUUCAUGCUGAGUAUGUAAAUCUCUCAAAGCUUUAAUCUGUGCGAAAUUAAUUGAAUAGUUCGUACUUAGAAAACUCGUACAUGCUUAGAAGAAAACGUUGCAUUUUAACUUACUGGUUUCUAAAUAAAGAAGCAAGCACUUUUUCUGAGAAAAAAUAAACUGUUUACUCUCUAUUCAAAUUAACAAAAGAUCAAAUUUUCAUUAUUUUGGAACGAACCAACGUGAUAUUCCGCUGAAUUGUAGUAGGUAUAAUCUUUAGAGAUAAAAUGAUGAUGUAUCUCGUUUGUAACACCGCGUUACUGAUAUCUAAAUAACAUUUCUUCUUGGAGAUAAACAAAUGCAAUCACGUAAAUUUCAGCAUAUCAAGGAACAUAUCAAAUGCACAAGGAGUUAAAAAAUACCAGUUUCAAAAUAAGUUAAAAAAGUCUAAUUCUAUUUGGAUGAAGAACAAGGAAGAAAGUUAUGAAGUGAAACUUCGCCAGCUGGAAACUUGAUUAUUCGAUAAUCAGAUCGAACAUUUUAUAUGUGUACAUUUUUUUUCAAAUGUUUCGUACGUUCAAAUGUUGCGUACGUCGUACUGGAACAAUCAAAUACGGUAAUCCAUAAUAGUCAUAAUUCGAUGGAUUAAACUUAUUAUAAUGCAUAAAUUAAGGUAUGCCUGAAACGUGUACUGUAAUCUAA